UGUGACAUGCUAGCUCAGAAGUGUUUUCUGCCGCUAUCAUGGUUCGUCCGCUAAACUGCAUCGUUGCUGUGUCCCAGAACAUGGGCAUUGGCAAGAACGGGGACCUGCCCUGGCCCCCGCUCAGGAAUGAAUACAGGUAUUUCCAAAGAAUGACCACAACCUCUUCAGUAGAAGGUAAACAGAAUUCGGUGAUUAUGGGUAGGAAAACAUGGUUCUCCAUUCCAGAGAAGAAUCGACCUUUAAAGGACAGAAUUAAUAUAGUUCUCAGUAGAGAACUCAAGGAACCUCCACAGGGAGCUCAUUUUCUUGCCAGAAGUCUGGAUGAAGCCUUAAAACUUACUGAGCAACCAGAAUUAACAAAUAAAGUGGACAUGGUCUGGAUAGUGGGAGGCAGUUCUGUUUAUAAGGAAGCCAUGAACAAGCCAGGCCAUCUCAGACUAUUUGUGACAAGGAUCAUGCAGGAAUUUGAAAGUGACACAUUUUUUCCAGAAAUUGAUUUGGAAAAAUAUAAACUUAUCCCAGAAUAUCCAGGCGUUCCUUCUGAUGUCCAGGAGGAGAAAGGCAUUAAGUACAAAUUUGAAGUAUAUGAAAAGAACAAUUAAUGUGAAAGUGUUUUCUGAUCUAUUUCAAGCCUCCUCCUCCCCCCGAAAAAAUUAUGUAUUUUUUGUUGUAGAGACUUUUGUUGACUUUAGAUCUAUGGAUAAUUAUUUCUAAGCAAAGUACUUUUAUUCCCCAUUAAUCUUAACUAGACUGUAUCAGAUACCAUUUGUGAAACAUUUCUUGCUGUAACUUCCUGAAUUCCCAUCAAGAGUCAAGAACAGUUGACCAGCACUUGCCUAGGGCGGAAUAUCUACCAAGACAGCCCAAAGUGGGAGAGUGCCCUG